AUUUUAUUGGAUAUAUCUGCUGGUACAGUAGGUAAACACUAGAAUUCUUUCAGUAUUUUCUCAGUAAUUUAUAAAAGAAAACCGUAUGUAUACAUGAAGUAGCUGCAAAAAGGAGAUAAUUAUUACAGGAGAAUUAUGAAAUAAAAAUAACACAGGAUAAAUAAAAACACAGUCAGAUAUGAGUAGAACUAAACUAACUGACAGAUUAAUCGGUGAUGAAAACAAUCAGGUUGCAGUCCCACUUUGUUAGCAUGCAAAGUGCGUGACAAAGUACAAAUGUCAACCUUCUUGGAGCUGUGUGUAAUCAAAUGGUUAAAUAAGUCAGGUGCUGGGGGGGAGCUGCAAACAGAAAGUGAAAGUCAGACACCAUUUUAACCUCCGUUUAGCAGCAGGAUGGGAACAGGAAAACAGGUUGUGAUCUGCUCGUCAUGAUGACUGACUUUUUCAAAGGGGAACCUCCAGGUCUACCUGAUGAACAUGAAGCCUCCGGCAUAAAAAAGAGAGCAGGAUCUCCAUCAUCCAGCGAUCUGUUGUCGACGAAUGACCAGUCCAAAGACAAACCCAGUAAUGAAUCUGGACCCUCAAACUCAAAGAGCCACAGGAGCCAGUCUCUACAAGAGAGGAGGAGCAGCUACGAUUCUGAAGAGGAGCAGCCUUCCUCCUGCGCUUUGUGCCAGGAAGUCCCGAAGGAUCUGGUCUCAGCCAGCUGUGGACACUGCUUCUGCAGGCAGUGCUUCACCUCAUACUGGGACCAGUCUGCUUCAUCAGGCGUCUCCUCCUGUCCCCAGUGUGGAGCCCGAUCCGGAACAGGAGCUGGACUGCAGACAGCCGGUCAGACUGCACAAACAGAUCGUGGUCUGCAGGAGGUUCUAGAUGAACUUAAGAUCAGUCUGAAGACGAGAUGUGAGCGUGUGACUGAAGGAAGUGAUGAAACAGGAAGUGGGACCCUCCUCAACACGAUCUACACUGAGCUCUACAUCACAGAGGGUCAGAGAGAAGACGUUAAUACCCAACAUGAGGUCAGGCAGCUUGAGACGACUUCCAAGAUGAAGACCCUCCAUGAGACUUUGAUCAGAUGCCAGGACAUCUUUAAAGCCUCACCUGAGUCUCCCAUCAGAGUUGUUCUGACCAACGGCGUCGCUGGUGUUGGAAAAACCUUCUUAGUGCAGAAGUUCGCUCUGGACUGGGCUGAGGGCCUGGAAAACCAGGAUGUCGGUCUGGUGGUUCUGCUGUCGUUCAGGGAGCUGAACUUGAUCAGAGAUGAGCAGCACAGUCUUCUCACGCUGCUCCAUGUUUUCCAUCCAGCAUUACAGAAGCUCACAGCAGAGCAGCUGGCUGUCUGUAAACUUCUGUUCAUCUUUGAUGGCCUGGAUGAAAGCAGACUUUCACUGGAUUUCAAGAACAUUGAGGUUGUGUCUGAUGUCGGACAGAAGUCAUCAGUCAACGUGCUGCUGGCAAACCUCAUCGAGGGGAAUCUGCUUCCCUCGGCCCUCGUCUGGAUAACGUCCAGACCCACAGCAGCCAAUCAGAUCCCUCCUUCACGUGUUGACAGGGUGACAGAAGUACGAGGUUUCACUGACGAGCAGAAGGAGGAGUACUUCAGGAGGAGGUUCAGUGAUGAAGAUCUGUCCAGCAGAAUCAUCUCACACAUCAAGACAUCCAGGAGCCUCCACAUCAUGUGUCAAAUCCCAGUCUUCUGCUGGAUCAUGGCUACAGUUCUGGAGCACAUGUUGACUACAGACCAGAGAGGAGAGCUGCCCAAGACUCUGACUGACAUGUACUCGCACUUCCUGCUGGUCCAGACAAAGAGGAAGAAGCAGAAGUAUGAUGAGGGACAUGAGACGAGCCCACAGGAGCUGAUGGAGGCUGACAGGGAGGUUCUUCUGAAGCUGGGGAGGCUGGCGUUUGAACAUCUGGAGACAGGAAACAUCAUGUUCUACCAAGAAGACCUGGAGAAGUGUGGUCUGGAUGCCAAAGAGGCCUUGGUGUACUCAGGAGUUUGUACGGAGAUCUUCAGAAGAGAGUGUGUGAUCUUCGAGAGAACAGUCUACUGCUUUGUUCAUCUGAGCAUUCAGGAGCUUCUGGCUGCAGUCUACAUGUUCUACUGUUACACCAACAGGAACACAAAGGAACUGAAGGCUUUCCUGGGGAAAGCCUGGGACUAUGACAACAGAGAAUGUUCUCUGAAUGAUGACAAAGAUUACCCAUCCCUGGAUAUCUUCCUGAAGGGAGCCCUGGAGAAAUCCCUCAAAAGCAAAAAUGGCCAUCUGGACCUGUUCAUUCGCUUCCUUCAUGGCAUCUCUCUGAAGUCCAACCAGGGACUCUUAGGAGGCCUGCUGAAUUGGACAGAUGACAAUCCAGAAACCAUCCAGAGAGCCAUCACCAACCUAAAAAAGAAGAAGACCAAUACUUCUCCUGACAGGAGCAUCAACAUCUUCCACUGUCUGAUGGAGAUGAACGACCACUCAGUACAUCAGGAGAUCCAAGAGUUCCUGAAAACAGAGAACAGCUCAGAGAAAAAACUAUCAGAGGUCCACUGCUCAGCUCUGGCCUACGUGCUGCAGAUGUCAGAGGAGGUUCUGGAUGAGUUGGACCUGAAGAAGUACAACACAUCAACGGAGGGACGACAGCGGCUGAUUCCAGCUGUGAGGAACUGCAGAAAUGCUCUACUUUCUAGUUGUGGAAUCUUGGAGACUCAUUGUGAAGUUGUGGCCUCAGCCCUGAAGUCCAACCCCUCUCACCUGAGAGAACUGGACCUGAGUAACAACAACCUGUACGAUUCAGGAGUGAAGCUGCUGUCUGCUGGACUGGAGAGUCCAAACUGUAGGCUGGAGACUCUGAGAUUGAGUGACUGCUGUUUGACAGAGAUCAGCUGUGCUUCUCUGGCCUCAGCCCUGAAGUCCAACCCCUCCCAUCUGAGAGAGCUGCAGCUGAGUAACAACAGGCUGCAGGAUCCAGGAGUGGAGCUGCUGUGUGCUUUUCUGCAGAGUCCACACUGUAGACUGGAGACUCUCAGACUGUGGGGCUGUAAGUUCUCAGACAUCAGCUGUGCUCCUCUGGCCUCAGCCCUGAAGUCCAACCCAUCCAGUCUGAGAGAGCUGCAGCUGGGUAACAACAGCCUGCAGGAUUCAGGAGUGGAGCUGCUGUGUGCUUUUCUGCAGAGUCCAAACUGUAGACUGCAGACUCUGAGGCUGGGUGACUGCAGUUUGUCAUGGAUGAGCUGUGGUUCUUUAUCCUCAGCUCUGAAGUCCAAGCCCUCCCAUCUGAGAGAGCUUGAGCUGUGGGGAAACGAACUGCGUGAUUCAGGAGUGAAGCUGCUGUGUGAUCUUCUGGAGAGUCCAUGCUGUAGACUGGACACCCUGAGGCUGAGUUGGUGCGGUUUGUCUCGGCACAGCUGUGCCCGUCUGAGCUCCGCCCUGAGGUGUAACCCCUUCCAUCUGAGGGAUCUGGAUCUGAGUGGAAACAGGCUGGAGGAUUCAGGGGUGGAGCUGCUGUGUGAUCUUCUGGAGAGUCCACACUGUAGACUGGAGACCCUGGAACUGAGUCGCUGCAGGUUGACAGAGAUCAGCUGUGCCUCUCUGGCCUCAGCGCUGAAGUCCAACCCCACCUGUCUGAGAGAGCUGCAGCUGAGUGGAAACGACCUGCAGGAUUCAGGAGUGGAGCUGCUCUCUUAUCACGUGGACAAUCCUGGCUGUAGACUGGAGACUGUGAGAAUCGAUGAGAAGAUGAUCACAGCUGAGAAAUCAUCUGACCACUCAGAUGUCAAACAGGAUGUGAAAGAAACCCUGCCAGAGGACGAUAACAAGGCUCCAUUGCCCUUCUCACCUGGACAGAUAACAAAUAAACAUGGAUCUUCGUACAGGUUCAGGUGUCCUGGUCCAGGGGUCUUCCGGUGUGCUUUGACUGGAUUGGUGUUUGUGAUGGCUCAGGAGGCGGAGCUGCUGUACAGGUGUGUCCAAUGGGAUGACAGCCUCCUCCGGUCAGCUGGCAAGAUGGCCGCAGGGCUGCUGUUCGAUAUCACGUGUUCUGAGGACGCGGCUGUCCGUCAGCUCCGCCUGCCACACUGCGAAACAAAGGAAGCGCUGCUCGGCGACGGCCUGCUGUCGGUCGUCCACGUCGCUGACGGUGGAAUGAGCAUCUUGAAGUCGCUGGAGGUAACCGACACUCAUGUGGCUGUGGAGGUGCCUCACCUGUCUGCCUUUGGCCUGGUCUGGGAUCUCGCUCAAAGGCUCCUGAACAUCACUCUGCCAAUAAACGGCCAAGUCCUGCUGUUCCUCCGACCCCCGGCGAACAGGCAUCGAGUGCUCGACGUGUUUGUGCUGCAGGACAACAUCCCUGUACAUGAGGUUAAAGCCCAACAAGGAGAUGCUGAGUACUUGAGGAUCUCCUCCGACUGUCAUCUCUGCAUCAGACAGAGUUACAGCGUCUGCUGUGAACCGGAGGGCUUCACCAUUCAGCCUGAGCGUGCGACAUUUCACUCCAAGUAUGGACCAAAUUUCCACCCAACAUUUGAAGUUUUCCUGACUACGAUGUCAGAGAAAGUAACUUUGAUGGUCCAAGACCAGGAGAGGAAAGACGUUUGGAAACGUGAUGUGUAUCUGGCAGGUCAGAGAAGGAAGCCUCCACAGAGAAAUGUCCCCACACAAGACAGCAGCCCAGCAGAGGAAAUCAGCCCAGCAGAGGACAGCAGCCCAGCACAGGACAGCGGCCCAGCAGAGGACAGCAGCCCAGCAGAGGACAGCAGCCCAGCACAGAACAGCGGCCCAGCAGAGGACAGCGGCCCAGCAGAGGACAGGCUGCUCUCGGCUCGAAGGGAGUUUAUAAUAAAGGUGAAUGAAACUGUUCUGAACCAGCUUCUGGAUAGACUUAUUGAGUGUCACAUUAUAAAUGACAGUGAAGUGCAGUCAGCCACAGCAAAAGACAAACUAGAGAAAGCACGCUACGUGAUCGACACGGUGAGACGCAAAGGAAGCAAAGCCAGCUCACUGCUGGUCGCUGCUCUCUGCCAGGUGGAUCCACACCUUUCCAGGGAGCUGAACUUGCCCUGAAGCAAAAACAAGAAGAUGAUGAAGUUUUGAAUCCUGUGUUUCUAAUCUUCCAUUCUGAAAGCCUCAAAACGUGAUCCAACGAAACUUGGACCACACGAUGAAGACCAGUAAGUCCAAGUCGUGUCCACAAAUGUGAACUAAAACAGACAACAAGCUUUCUUGCAGUGGGACGAUUGUUCCCCUUGUGAACCCUCAGGAAGCUGCGUGGCUCAUCAAACAGGUUCUGCACCAACCAGCAUCAACGAGCUCAUUCAGCUGCUGAGGAGACCAGAAACCAGAGCACAGAGCUGACAGAGACAUCUGCAUUCACACAAACUGAGGAGCAUCAGACCUCUCUCACGAAGAGAGGAGGCUGAGGAGGAGGAGAGGAGGGCGGGAAGUCAGAGUGUUGUUCUUUGUUUCAGCCACUAGAUGGAGACAGAACUUCACAAACAGGAAGCAGCUGUAGCAUCGGGUGGGUGUGAAAAUCAAAAGAUAUAAAAAUCUGCUCUGGCUGAUUGUGACCACACUUCUCACUAUUUUCACGAGUUUUACAAACUUUCAUUGGAUUCAUGGAGGAAAUAACCAGCAGAAUUAAAAGCUGCAGUCCAAAUGAGCUCCAGCUCGACUAACUCAACUGGAAAAUCCUGCUGUUACCUCAAUGCAACGCGCUACACACACUUGCGUCCUGUAGCACAGAGCUAACACAGGUCCACAUGAACGUGCUCUGAUGACGAGACUCACAUCCUGGUGGACCCCUGAGUCCUCACGGAAGUGGACGCAAUAAUUUUGGCUGAAAAUUGCUGGAACGUAAUGAGUGGACAGUUGAGCCUGGUAUCAAGCAACGUGAGACACUCUGCUCCUCAGAUAAAUUUACUGUGUCCAUACAGCAUGGACACAUACACACAUACUGUCUCUGGACAGGACAUGCACGUCUUCUAGCUGCUCUUUGAUUUUAAUAAGCAACACCUAACAACAAAAACUGCAUACUGUGUGUUUAAGACAGUUUGACCCAACGAGCCCAAGCGAAUGAGGACAAACUAAACUACAGUCAUUUUACAUUGUGUUUUAGUGAAGGAUCUGAGUGCCUCCUCCUCCUUCUACUCCUCCUGCUGCUGCCCCUCCUCCUGUUGCUCCUCCUCCUCCUCCUGCUGCUGCUGCUCGUCCUCCUCCUCC